AUGGCCAACUGGAUCAUCAACAAUGGACUCACUUCAUUCAUACUGGUUGUGUGGAUGGGAAUCAACAUCUUCCUCUUUGUUUGGUUCUACCUCUUGUAUGACUUGGGGGAUGACUUUUACUACACAAGAUAUCUGUUAGGGUCGGCCCUCGCCUGGGCCAGAGCUCCUGCAGCUGUCCUCAACUUUAAUUGCCUUUUGAUCCUGCUCCCCGUGUGCAGGAACCUACUGUCGCUGAUCCGUGGCUCUUUUGUGUGUUGCGGAAGGUCAAUGCGAAAACAGCUUGACAAGAAUUUGAGUUUCCAUAAGCUUGUGGCCUACAUGAUCGCACUGAUGACAGCCGUCCACCUGAUUGCUCAUUUACUGAACAUGGAGUGGUACAACAACAGCAGACAAGGCGUUUACGACAAACUAAGCACGGCCCUGUCAAACCUGGAAGACACAGACCACACCACUUACCUCAAUCCAAUUCGGAAAACUGACAUUGAUCCACAACAUAUGCCAACCUAUUUUGUGUUCACCACAAUCGCUGGCCUCACCGGGGUGAUCAUAACGGUGUCUCUCAUCCUCAUCAUCACCUCGUCCAUGGAGGUGAUCCGGCGGAGCUACUUUGAAGUCUUCUGGUACACGCAUCACCUUUUCAUCAUCUUCUUUGCAGGGCUGGUUUUCCACGGAGCAGGUCGAGUCGUGCGAAGUCAAACACCGACUGACCCACCGCAUAAUUACACUUACUGCAAAGAUCGUAUUGAGCAGUGGGGAAAGAUACCACAGUGCCCUAUCCCCCAGUUUGCAGGAGGAUUUCCAAAGACUUGGAUGUGGGUUAUUGGGCCCAUGUUUUUGUAUCUUUGUGAGCGAGUGCUUCGUUUUAUUCGCUACAUCCAAACUGUCAGAUACAGAAAGAUUGUGAUGAGACCGUCCAAAGUCCUGGAGCUUCAGCUGGUGAAAAAUGGGUUUAAAAUGGACGUGGGUCAGUACAUCUUCAUCAACUGCCCAUCCAUCUCGCAGCUUGAGUGGCAUCCUUUCACCAUGACGUCCGCCCCAGAGGAGGACUUCUUCAGCGUGCACAUCCGCUCUGCUGGAGACUGGACCAACAAACUUAUCAACAUCAUGGAGCAGCUACCAGAGGGAGCCCAGGGACCCAAGCUUGGAGUGGAUGGUCCAUUUGGCACAGCCAGUGAGGAUGUCUUUGACUAUGAAGUCGCCAUGCUGGUCGGAGCUGGUAUUGGAGUGACACCAUUUGCCUCCAUUCUAAAAUCCAUCUGGUACAAGUUUAAACAGUCAGACCCGCAGCUGCGCACCAGAAAGAUCUAUUUCUACUGGCUGUGUCGGGAAACCAAUGCAUUUGAAUGGUUUGCCGACCUUCUCCAGGUGCUAGAGAGAGAAAUGGAGGAGAGAGGAAUGGCUCAUUUCCUCACUUACAAUCUCUACCUCACUGGAUGGGACCAAAGCCUGGCCGAUUUCUUCAAUGUAAACUUUGAUAAGGACACAGAUGCGGUGACAGGGCUCAAACAAAAAACUAACAUUGGUAGGCCCAUCUGGGAUAAAGAAUUUGAACAAGUUCGCAAAGAGAAUCCCACGUCUGUGGUUGGAACGUUCUUGUGUGGUCCAGUUGUCCUUGCCAAAGUUUUGGAGAAGAAAUGUGCCAAAUUCUCUGAUGUAGAUCCUCGAAAAACCAAGUUUUAUUUUAACAAAGAAAACUUCUAA